AUGGAUCAUAUGAGAAAUGAUCAACCUUGUACCUCUACAACCAAAGUUGAAAGAAGACUCGUGGAGAAAAACAGAAGAAAUCAAAUGAAGAUUCUCUACACCAAACUCAACUCUCUUCUCCCUAACUAUAAUCCCAAGGAGUUGGUGUUGGCAUUACCGGACCAAGUAGAAGAAGCCAUAAACUACAUUAAGAGUUUAGAGGCAAAUGUGAAGAUGGCUGAGGAGAAGAAAGAGAGAUUGUUAAUGGAGAAGAAGAAAAGAUCGCGUGAAUGUUUCUUAGGUGUUCCAAAAUCGCCAUGUUUUGAAAUUCAUGAAUUUGGUUCUUCUCUACAAAUUGUUCUUACGUGUGGUUUAGAUAAUCAGUUUAUUUUCUAUGAAAUCAUUCGUGUGUUGCAUGAAGAGAAUGUAGAUGUCAAGAGUGUCAAUUCCUCAUCUGUUGGAGAAAAUUCAUUUCUACAUGUCGUGCAUGCUGAGAUUCCUCAGUGUUAUGUUCAAUUUGGUGCGACAAAAGUGAGUGAAAGAUUGAAAAGUUUUGUGAAUGGAUCAUCCAGUGAUGUGGAAAUACAGCCUCAUGACUUGUGGUUUUUAGAAAUUGGAAAUGAUGUGUGGAGUUUCUAG